AAAAAAGUGACAGUUCGCAGUCGAUUUUAAUGGGGAGAGGUAGCUCCGAAAAGUUUGACGUUUACUGAAUACGCGAUUUUACGAUGAAUUGAUUGCCCUUCGCCUGGAGUUCCGAGAAUAACAGUCGCUGUUUUUCUCUUGGAAAUAGCCUCGCGUUUUAGUAUUAAAAAUAAAACUAAAUAAACCACAACUGGAAUCAUGGAGGACGAUCUGCCAACCGAGUACGACGUGAUCGUCGUUGGAACAGGUAUGACCGAAUCGAUCGUCGCCGCAGCUGCGAGCAGAAUCGGCAAAAAGGUUCUCCACCUUGACAGUAACGAGUACUAUGGAGGUUUAUGGGCGACUUUCAACUUUGACGGUUUCCAAAAGUGGAUAGAAGACCUAAAAACAAAUAAAUCUGACAGCAGGGACAGCGAUCCUAAAGUAGAGUCCGGCGAAAGUUUUUUAAAGGCGAGUAAUCAAUAUUCAACUGUGGAAAAUAUUGAAGAGAACUGGUACAUUGUCGAUGAUGCGGAUCUCCCGGAAGUUUCUUCUAAAGACACGCAAACCGAAGGAGCCGGAGAUGCUCCUCCAGAAGGUGCCGAAAAAUCGGACGAGGACAAAGUCGAGAAGAAAGAGCUCGUGAAACACUGGAGCACAGAUCGAAUCAAAAAGGAAUACAGGAAAUUCAACAUCGAUCUGGCACCAAAGUUGCUUUACGCUCGUGGUGAGCUGGUGGAACUUUUAAUAUCGAGUAACAUCGCUCGAUAUGCGGAAUUCCGAGCAGUUUCUCGAGUUACGACUUUUAUGGAUGGGAAACUCGUUCAAGUUCCUUGCUCUCGUGCCGACGUUUUUGCAAAUAAAACUGUCAGCGUCAUUGAAAAGCGGAUGUUGAUGCAGUUACUCUCAUCCUGUAUGGACCAAGGAGCCGACAGUCCUGAAUUUGACGGACUUACAGAGUCCUUGAGGACAGGCAUUGGUCGAUGGUCCCAGUUCGAUAAUUGUCACGGCUUCUUGUCCGGGUUCUUCAGGCGGACAAUAAAGCAGAGUAAGAUUCUCCUUUUCCCCGAGCAUGAUCGAUCGGUCGGUGAUGAAAAUUCCACGAGAAAUUUGCUGAUCGCCGGUCGAGGCGACAAUUUCUGGUGGCAAGUGGCCCUGACCGACGACCAGGUGCUCGAGAGCGAGUCGCUGCUUCCCGUCAUGCUGCACAUGACUUGCAAACGGACGAAGACGGCGAAAGAAGACCUCGAAUUUGUCGUCAAGAAGUUCCUGAAAGUGGGGGCUUUGGAGCCCAAUAUUAGUCGCAGUCCCACGGAUUCGCACACCCAGACUGUUUCACCUGAUAAAAGACACCUAACGGAGGGAGAGCAGGCGGCCAAGGACAUUGAAGAUCUGAAACCUCACACUAUGUGGUCCCUCUAUUUAAAUCUGCCAGCUUCAGAUAUUAAAUUGAGCAACUCCGCUCCCAGCAACGUUCAUCUUUGUUCGGGUCCCGAUCUAGACCUCGAUUUCGACUUUGCUGUCAAUCAGGCAAAGGAGAUUUUCAAAUCGAUGUAUCCCGAUGAAGAUUUCCUCCCACGUGCACCCGAUCCAGAAGAAAUAGUCCUCGAAGGCGAGGAAGCACCGGGUCCAAAAUUCGAGGGCGACCAGACCGCAGGUGAAGGGGAUGAAAAACAGGACGUCGAGAAAGCGGAAAAAGAAGAAUAAUAUUGCUUGAACCCUGGAUUUAGAUCUUCUGGUUCAAAAAAGAAAGGAUCUAUCUUUUUCAAGGAGAAUGAUAGUCGCUAAAAAUCAUGUAAGCUCGAGUUUGUUUUAUUUCUCGUUCGACCAAGCAUUUCUCGGUUGUAUCAAGCAUUUCUCGGAGAAUGUUCCGAAUUUUAAGCUUCUCGACUUACUAGCGCAACGAUACGCCUCGUACAAUUAAUCUCAAACUACUCUACUAUCUACUAUUAUUGUCAUUAUCUUCUCACCGCCGCUGAGCGAUCAGUGGCCCAAGUGGAACAAAUAUUUCUCAACUGAAAAGUUAUGUAUCUGUGAUUGCGAAUUUCGAAACCGGAAACUGGUUGCUAGUUUCUUUUUCAGUGAGUUAUUCUAUCCCGAAGACUCGGAACACGACUCGUAUGCGCCUGUUGGGUAUUACAAGCUACAAUAGCGCCUCCGAUUUCGAACUAUAGGGAAGAAAUUUUAAUUGCAAUUCAAUAUUAACCAGAAAUCUUAUAGUAAAUGAAUCAUGUUACAACAUUUUUCAGUAAAAUGAAUUGGUAUUCAUUGCUUUUUUUUAUUAAGAUUAUUGAAGUUGCUUCGGGGUACCCAAUAGUUCGCUUCUCAGAUGGCGCUGUUGUCAAGGUCAAAGUGGUACCAAGCAGGCGUAUAGAAUUUAAUUGCUUUAUUAUUAUUAUUAUUAUUAUUAUUAUUAUUAUUAUUACUGUCAAUUGCACUCGUAUUUGGUUCCUACUUUUUUAUAUUGCAAGCACAAAUGCUUUGAGACUUUGACUAUCACUUUAAGUUAUGUAAGUUAGGGAUUUUUCAUUUUUUAAUCCGAAUUUUGAUUGUGGAGAGGCUACAUUUUGAUGUGAAAGAGCGCUUUCGUAUAGAUUAUGUUGAAACAUAUCUGGCGCGAAUUUUUGUUGCUUUGUUUUUUUUUUUUAAUGGUGAAGUGUUAUUUCGACGUUUCGCACGCUAGCAUGUUUAUAAAUAAAAUGAAAAAC